GAGAGCUGGAGAGAAGUAAAAAUAGUAAAGCUGUAGACGGGGAAAUGUAAGCUGAGAAAGUAUGCAGUGGCAAGAAAAGUAGAAGAGUAGUAGAGUAUUGAUAGAGAGUUUGCAGGCUGCAUGCGGUGUGUCUGCUCAGGUGUGUCCAGUCUGUAGCUCAUCUGGGGUUCAAGCAGGUCAGAAAAACUGCACAGAAAGCCAAAAACUUCUCUGCAGUGGAAAAGUGGAUAUCGUUGAGCAGCUCAAGGUGAUUAUUUGGCUCCUGUGAUCCAUGCGGCCUUCAUAGGCAGGACAUUAGAUCACCUUGUCUGCUGAUCACACCAUGCCUGCAGCUAUGGAGAAGCAAAUAGAGGAGCUGAAGCAGCAGCUAGAAAAGCAAUGUCUGAUCAACAAGGAGCUGCAGAGGCAAAAUAAGGACCUAGAAAAACGACUCACCGAGAAAGAGAAACUCCUGCAACAACUGCAGAGUCAGUAUCAUGAUCUCGACUUUCCCUCUCAGACCGGUAAUGAGAUUGAACCUGAGGUCAGGAAGAGCCGUGCAGCUGUCAUAGCUUCAGAACCAAUCCCGGAGAACCUGGAGAUUAAACGGGCGAGGGUGAAGAAAAAUGUCAGUGAGACGAGCCUAAUUGUCAAAGCUAUCCAGAAGAAUGACUUCCUGAGCCGGUUAGAUGAUGAGCAAAUAGCCAUGAUGGUGGACCUGUUAAAGGUAUCUCACUUCAAUCCUGGAGAUGAAGUCAUUCAGGAAGGCUCUGAAGGAGACAGCAUGUACAUUGUGGCAGCUGGUGAGCUUUCUGUGAGCCAGUCUGGCCGUGACCUCCGAACUCUAACUAGUGGUGAUGUUUUUGGAGAGCUGGCGAUUUUGUACAACUGCAAAAGGACAGCAACAGUCAAAGCAAAGACACCUGUGCAUUUGUGGUGCAUGGAGCGACAGACCUACAGAAGCAUUAUGACCAACAAGUCCAAGAAGAAACGAGAACAGCUCAUGGGCUUCCUGAAGACGGCCCACACUCUGAAGGACCUGAAUGAUGUCCAGUUGUCCAAAAUCAUUGACUCCAUGGAGGAGGUGAAGUACCAGGACAAAGAUGUUAUAGUUCGAGAGGGAACAGAAGGAAACGCAUUCUACAUCAUCCUCAAAGGAGAGGUGUUGGUGACUAAGAACGUGAACGGUCAUCAGAAGCAGAUUCGCAGGAUGGGAAAAGGGGAGCAUUUCGGGGAACAGGCCCUCAUACGCGAGGUCUCGAGGACAGCAACCUGCACUGCCGACGGCCCUGUUACCUGCUUCUCCAUUGACAAGGAGGUAUUUGAAGAAACAAUUCCCGUAGAGCACCUGGAACUCUUUGAUGACUCCAAAGUGAUGCAGGAGGCGCAACCUCCAGAAAAGUCGAGCCCCAGCUCCACUCUGAGAUUGAAGGAUCUGGUUCCAGUCUUCUAUCAGGAGGGUCGCUAUCAAGGAGAUCCUGUCACACUUGGAGUUGGAGGAUUUGGCCGUGUGGCGCUGAUGACCACCCUGCCCCAUGGAAAAUAUUACGCCGUGAAGCGAGUCAGCAAGAAGCACAUUGUUGCCAAGAGACAGGAAGAGCAGAUGCUGUUUGAGAAGAAGAUCCUUAAAGCUGUGCAGUGUGAAUUCAUCGUCAGACUUCAUGGAGCUUUCAAAGACACACGAUACAUCUACAUGGUGAUGGAGUUCUGUAGUGGUGGAGAAAUCUGGACCAAACUCAAAGAAGUGGGUCGUUUUGAUGAGCCUGUCGCUGUGUUCUGCACUGCCUGCGUGGUGGAGGCCUAUGCUUACCUCCACAAGAAGAACAUCAUGUAUAGAGACCUAAAGCCUGAGAACCUGAUGCUGGAUGCGAAGGGCUACGUCAAACUGGUUGACUUUGGUUUUGCAAAGGAGCUGGUUCGGGGUGAGAAAACCUACUCAUUUGUUGGUACUCCUGAGUACAUGGCUCCAGAGAUCAUCAAGAACCAGGGACAUGACUUUGCAGUUGACUUUUGGUCUCUUGGCAUCCUGAUUUUUGAACUAUUGGCGGGAAGCCCUCCCUUUUCAAGCUCAGAGCCCCAGAAGAUUUAUGCCAAAAUUUUGGAUGGGGAGCUCCAUUAUGCACCUUAUAUGAGCGAAGCAGCCAAGUCCAUUAUCAGUAAACUGUGCAGACCUCGGCCUGGUCAGAGAUUAGGAAACACCAAAAAUGGGAUCAAAGAUGUCCGGCAUCACAGGUGGUUCAGCAGUAUGAACUGGCACAAGCUGCGUGUGGGUCAGCUUGAGGCUCCCACAGCACGGCUUAUCCGCAAGGGUCCCUGCUACAUCAACUUUGAUCGCUUCCCUCAUGAUCAGACGAAGGCAGAAGAGGAGUUCUCUGGCUGGGAUCGUGACUUCUGAUUCUGAUAUCUAUGUUAAAGGAUCAAGAAGAGAUCCCCAUAUAGGAUAAUUGUAGGUGGCCUAAGCUGGGGCCAAAACAGGGCUAAAGUCAUAUGAGGGUGGGAAGAAUUUCCUGUUUGGAAAAAACAAAACAAACAACCAAGUUGAUUUCAAUUUGAUUAUUGGAGUGAAACUGUAUCGAAUCAUGCACUUUAGAUGUGUGCCGAAAUUCCUCUUUUGCUAUUCAAAAACAACCAUAAAGGUGGAUAAGGGGCAAAAAUAUGUAAAUGUGUUACAAGAACAUGGUACAACAUUUUGUUUCCAAAUACAGUCCGAGUCAAUUUGGUGUCUGGUGGAGAAGUGCCAAUAAAAACAUCUAUAUAACACUUUUUACUGAUUCCAAUAAAAACACCCAUCCCUGUGUUUAGUGGAGAGUUUCUGUCAUAUGGUACAACUU